CAUGAAGAAUUAUUAUUGGGGAGAGAUCCAUUUGGUGGCAUGUUAUUUUUUAAAAAAGAAUGAAUCAAGGGAAAACCUCUAAAUGCAAGUAUCAGAAAAAGUAUAGCACAUCUCAGUGAAUUUGCAAGUGGCUCAUCUUUCCUUGUGGGUUGGCAAGCAGUUGUAGGACUGUAAAAUGGGUCUCCGGAUUCACUUUGUUGUUGACCCACAUGGUUGGUGCUGCAUGGGUUUGAUUGUUUUUGUCUGGUUAUACAAUAUUGUUUUAAUUCCCAAAAUUGUCCUCUUUCCUCACUAUGAAGAAGGACAUAUUCCAGGCAUAUUAAUAAUAAUAUUCUAUGGCAUUGCUAUAUUUUGUCUGGUUGCCCUAGUGAGGGCCUCAAUAACUGAUCCGGGAAGACUCCCUGAGAACCCUAAGAUCCCACAUGGAGAAAGGGAGUUCUGGGAGUUAUGUAAUAAAUGCAAUUUGAUGAGACCAAAACGUUCCCACCACUGCAGCCGCUGUGGCCACUGCGUAAGGCGAAUGGAUCAUCACUGUCCAUGGAUUAACAAUUGUGUUGGUGAAGAUAAUCACUGGCUUUUUCUGCAAUUGUGUUUCUACACUGAACUUCUUACUUGCUACGCACUGAUGUUUUCUUUCUGCCACUAUUAUUAUUUUCUUCCACUAAAAAAGCAUAAUUUGGACCUCUUUGUUGUUAGGCAUGAAUUGGCCAUUAUGAGGCUAGCCGCCUUUAUGGGCAUUACUAUGUUAGUUGGUAUAACUGGACUCUUUUAUACUCAACUGAUCGGCAUCAUCACAGAUACAACAUCUAUUGAAAAGAUGUCAAACUGUUGUGAAGAUAUAUCGAGGCCCCGAAAGCCAUGGCAGCAGACCUUCUCAGAAGUUUUUGGCACUCGUUGGAAGAUCCUGUGGUUCAUUCCUUUCAGGCAGAGACAACCACUGCGAGUUCCCUACCACUUUGCCAAUCACGUCUAAACAGAUGGAUGGUGGGCACAGAUGGGUCCUCCAUGCUGGAAAUGCGUUACAGGUUUUAUGAUAAUAGAACUAUGACAGUCUUCAAGUCAAUUAAAAUCCACCCACCAAUCUUAGGCAUCAUAAUGUGCCCCAGGCUUUAUUUUAAUAGUGAUCUUGAUCCUGUCGUGGGACUAAUACAAGAUCUAUAUUUAAGUUUUAAAGCAUGUUUACUUUCAAAUUAGCUUUCCAUAGGGAUUUCUUUUAAUGCUUUUGUUAUUAAACUCACAAGGCAGUGAUUGGGAUGAAAUAAUUGUACAUAAUUUCUUUUAGUACUGACAGUGUUACAGAUUUUAAUUUAUGUAACAUGUUUAUUUAAAAUUUUCACUUUUUUUAAAGCAGUUCUAACCAAAUCUGAAUUUAAUUCUUCAGGUUUUAUGAAAGUUGGUACACCUUCUUACGGUAUAUGUACAUUUUCCUUUUAGCUGCCACUUAAAGUACUUAGUACUUCCUUUUAUAUGUGCUGCAAGAUUUUAAAAACUGCAACAUAGGGUUGAACAACAACAAAAAGGGCAGUGUUUUCUUAGGAAUAGCUUUCUUAUGUUCUCUCUUCUCCUAACCAAAAUCAAAAUCGGAACACCACUAAAACAAAACAGCAACUACCUACCUUAUUAUAGAGAUUACAAUUUUCUUCUACAUUAAUUUUCCUAUUUCUUUCCCUUUAGUGUGGUAAUUAUUGAUUAUUAUUAGCUAAUUUUCUCUCAGGAGAAAUUUGUGACCAUUGGGCAUGUAUUCCUGUUUUACCCUAAGAUUUUAAUGAGCAAAAAGGGUAGAGAGUUUGCAAUAAUCCCACAGUUAUGUUUUCUACUGCAGUUAUAUUAGAAUGGAUAUGUUUUUAAAAUGCU